CCUUUCUCGGUUCUCUGGAGCCUGUUUGCGCCUCCUUUGUGGAGCCUUCCCGGGGUGGUGCUGCGCCGCUCGGACGGCUCUCUGUAGGGGUUCGGUUCGGGGGGUGUAACGCUGGAUUUGGUGUUACGGGUAUUCUGCUCGUGUUUUCCGGUUGCUUGGUGAUUUUUGGCCUUCAGGCUGGUUGGCAGGAAGACGGCUUCCUUUUCAGAUCUAGAUCAGGCAAAUCGGGCGAGCCGGUCUGCUCUCCUGGUCACAGCGGCUCUCAGACAACAUCGCCCGUCGCCCUGCCGCCACUGCGGAACAACAACCACAACCCCCUGACGGGAGGUUCUAAGCCUGCCAUGUCGGACAACAUCCAGGUCUCGUCUCAGUCGCAGGUCCACAUCACCCAGUUGUUUGAGGAGAACUCCAACAGGCGGUCAGUCCUCAGCACGCAGCCCAAUGGCCUCGCCCCGCUCAGCUCCAGCCGGGCAGGUAUGCCGCUCCCGGAACGGCAGAGUUCAGGCACCGACGCCACCCAUCAUGGCCGCCAGUCCACCACCAUCACCAACAAGCAGGGGGACGCCAAGCCAAAGCCCUGCCUUAUGUCGCCCGACCUGGCCAUGAAGCAGUACAUGUCCAAGCUGUCGUCCUUCGAACACCACGAGGUGUUCAACUACCCCGAAGUGUAUUUCAUCGGCCAGAACGCAAAAAAACGCAACGGCGUUCUGGGUGCAGCCAACAACUGUGGCUACGAUGACGAACAGGGGUCCUACGUCCAGGUGCCACAUGACCAAAUCGCUUAUCGCUACGAGGUUCUGAAGGUGAUCGGAAAGGGCAGCUUCGGACAGGUGGUGAAGGCCUUCGACCAUAAAACCCAGACCCACGUGGCUCUGAAGAUGGUCCGCAACGAGAAGCGCUUCCACCGGCAGGCCGCGGAGGAGAUCCGCAUCCUGGAGCACCUGAGGAAGCAGGACAAGGACUCGAGCAUGAACGUCAUCCACAUGAUGGAGCACUUCACCUUCCGCAACCACAUCUGCAUGACCUUCGAGUUGCUCAGCAUGAACCUCUACGAGCUCAUCAAGAAGAACAAGUUCCAGGGCUUCAGCCUCCCGCUGGUCAGGAAGUUCGCCCACUCCAUCCUGCAGUGUCUGGAAGGACUGCACAAGAACCGCAUCAUCCACUGCGACCUCAAGCCAGAGAACAUUCUGCUCAAGCAGCAGGGCCGCAGCGGCAUCAAGGUCAUAGACUUCGGCUCCAGCUGCUAUGAACAUCAGAGGGUUUACACCUACAUCCAGUCCAGGUUCUACAGAGCUCCAGAGGUGAUUCUAGGCUCCAGGUAUGGGAUGCCCAUCGACAUGUGGUCCCUGGGCUGCAUCCUGGCUGAACUGCUGACCGGUUACCCACUGUUACCAGGCGAAGACGAAUCCGACCAGCUAUCCUGCAUCAUUGAACUAGUAGGCAUGCCUAGUCCGAAGCUCCUAGAAGCCUCCAAGCGAGCGAAGAACUUUGUUUCGUCCAAAGGCUACCCGCGGUACUGCACCGUCUCCUCCAUGCCCGACGGCUCCGUGGUCCUGAACGCAGGACGCUCCCGACGGGGGAAGACACGCGGCCCCCCGGGCAGCAAGGACUGGAGCGCCGCAUUGAAGGGUUGCGAUGACCCGCUCUUCCUGGACUUCCUCAAACAGUGUCUUGAAUGGGACCCGGCGCUCAGGAUGACUCCGAGCCAGGCGCUGCACCACGCCUGGCUCAGGAGGCGGCUUCCCAAACCUCCGACCGGAACCACAGGAGAGAAAGUCGCCCCAACCAAACGCACCGUCAACAACGGCGACAGUUCCAUCACCUGCAUCUCCAAACUGGCCUCCACCUCCACAGCCACCACCUCUACCAAAACGAGGACUAAUUUAGCGGGCAUUACAGACGCCAACGGAAACAUCCAGUCGAGGACGGUGCUGCCCAAACUAGUUAGCUGAGAGUGAAUACACCCCACCCCAGUGGUGGGGAAUAAAGGCUGAGUUCAAAAGCAACCAGCUAGACCUGAAUAAAACUGGUCUACCCAGUUGUGAAGCGCAUUUGGUUAUUUAUUGCGUUGCUGGGGUGCAUUUAAGUGAGAUGCAGUCCUGACGUUGGAUUAUUGAAGAAGCUAACCAAGCUGGGAUGCAACCUAAACUAAAGGACCCUGGGUGCAUUCGGAAACCUCAAACUCAAAUCAUCGGAAGCGGAUGAGAUGUUUUGAAGUUUGGGCAAAAGGACGGUAAAGUGACGACACGUUGUGGGGCGGUUCAGACAAUCGGAACACAUCACACUGCUCUGUAGCUCCAAACUCACAAAAACACAUCAGAAACAUGGUGCUGAUGGAGGGAACAAGGCUUUUUAAAAUAUUUUAUAACAAUCUUUUUAGCUGAGUCAUGAAAUCAGUAUAACACCAAAAAUGUUGAGUGACUUCAGUCUUACAGGUUUUUAUCUACAGUUUUAGGGUUUCACCUUCAGUUUUAUGUCAUCAACUGAUUGUAGCGUGUGUCUCUUGACCCUAAAGCUGCGUCUGGUUUUUGGUUCAUUUCAUUUUUGGGGUUCUGUUGGGCAACGAUCCAAAUCACAGCAUCAAAACUCUCUAAACCCUGAUUUUAAACAGCUACCUGAGAGCUGGCUAACAGAAUUAGUUAGCCAGUUUUAUAUUAUAUCGACUAGCUAGCCAUGUUAGCAUGCUAGCGUAGUGCCUGUUAGCUGGCUAACUGCUAACUAGCACGAACUGAGUUGGUAAACAGCUAUAUAUUCAUGUUUAGCUGUAAUAUUGCUACCUAUUUUCGACAUAACUAGCUAGCAGUUAGCCUAGCACACACAAAAGAGUUGGCUAACAGUAGCUGACUCAGUGUUUGCCUUGUAUAUCAGUCAUUUGGCUAGCAUUAGCCGUUAUAGCCAUAGCAUGUCAGCUCUCCACUGCCCGGCCUUAUCAUUCUCAGACAGAAUAACAAAAUAUUUCUACUUUCUAUGAUUUUAAGUUUGUUUUUCAGGUUGUAAAGCAGGUGAGACGGUUGAGGACGUAGAAACGGUGGUUCUGUUUACGAGAACAGGCUUGAUCCCUCUGUAUGAAACCAAAUGUGAAUUUUGGGGGCUCGACCAGGCUGAUGAAGGAGUCGUAGCCUCAGAAGGUAAAUUCAGCGUGGUUUACAGACGAGUUCAAAUCGAGGCCUCUAAUGGUGAAAAAAACUAAACAGAAGCAGAAAAUAUAAAUAUAAAAUAACUCAAAAUUUUAAAAUCUAAGAUAUAAAUUACAAAUGACAAAACAUUUUGAAAAAGUGGCAUUAUUUUAAUUUCUUCUGUUUGACAGUUUUAGGGCCAGGAUACAGCAAUUUUCAUUAAUUAUGAGAAUUUAGUCAGAGCAUUAACAGAAGAAUGUCUUGAAAUUACAAAAAGUCAUUUUAAUGUGAAGAAAGCUUGGAUAAUUAAUUACUUCAUUUUUCUAAUAUAACUUUGUUCUUCUAAUUAAAAAAAAAGAAAAAUAUCUUAUUUUUUCGUCAUAAAAUUGAAGUCCAAACAAAUAGAAACUAGUCAAACAAAAUGGUGUAAUUGGUUAAAAAUAAAUAAAUAAAUUCAGAUGAUCCAAAAAUUAAAUCUUUAAAUCGAUUUAUCGCCAGCCCAGAUUUGGUUUCUGAGUUAUUUGCUAGUGUUUUACAUUUAAACACAAUAUUAAUACCAACACCAGGUUCUCUGGGUUUGGGGCCGUUGGCUCGUUUCUGGCUCCGCCUGAAUUCUCAUCAGCUUAUGAAGGAACCGAAUUUCCAGAUCUCACUGCGAUCCGUCGAAGGUUUGGUUUCUGAUGAUGUAGGUGAACAAAAGAGCAAUGAUCAAAUUUAAUCCUGGUCCUUUUAAAUCAGUGUUGCUAACCAUCAGCGAGGGGGCGACGACGAGUAAAGCAUGUUGGAUUUAAUUUAUUUGUCACAUUUUAAUAUUUAAAAGUCUAAUCUAUGUAUGUACAGUGAUGUGCAGUUAUUACUGUAUACUUGAAUGUGUGUGUGUGUGUGUGUUUGUUGCAGGACGCGUGUGUGCAAUAUUAAAAAGUUCUCUUAAACUUGUUCCCUUACAAACACACGAUAUUAACACACAAACAAAAUCUGAACGCAGUCUGAAAAUAAAGUCACAUGAGGAGGUGGAGGACGAAGAUGAGGAGGAGGAGGAAAGGUUCCCGGGAUUGGCUAAUUGGUGUCCGUUGACGUAAUGUAGCACACAGGAAGUGAAAGACAAUGUCAUGCUGCACAGGAGGAACCGCAGAUGCUACAAGCUCCGCCCAUCUCAGGGGAAGCUCCGCCCCCUCCUGCUGCAGGGGGAGGGAAAAGUAGAAAAUGUGGAGUUGAUUCUGUUUUGUUUUGAUAAAUUGAGUUGAUUGUAUGUUUAGUUUUUUUAACGUUUUUUUUUUUUUUUUUUUGGUGAGACUGAGUGCUGAGAGUCGUAACUUUGUGCCUUCAGUAUCUCGACGCCAUGCCACGCCCUCCCAACACACACAAACAUGAUGUCAUCAUUCAUUUAUUAUUCAGCCUGAAUUGGCAGACGCAAAAAUACCAACAAGAUCUCAUUUUCCAGUCUCCAUGCUGUGUAGCCUGUAUUUUACAGCCAACAUUACAUGAUAGUGCUCCAUAUGCCACAAUUUUUUAUUUUUGUCUUAAUUUGGAAAAACAAUCUAAUAUAAAUGUUGAAUUCCCCAAGUUUAACAUUUGUUACCGUUUAGCUUCAAAAGUACUUCUGGAUUACACAUUUGGUGCCGUUAGUUGCCUUUUGUUUGCCUCUGAAGAAUUUGGGAAUGACGUCUUUUUAAAAACAUUUCUAGUUCCGCUAUUCACCGAUUAAAAAGUAUUUGUACAAAGUCUGACUUUACCUAGUGAUGUCUCAAAUGGAACAAUAAAAAACGUUUUUAAAAAUGAAAGGAUUACUAUUUAUUUGCAGAAAAAUUCAAAAAAAUAGAGCGGCAACAAGAAACGUAUUGGGGGGGAAAAAAUUAAAGAUGAUGGAUUGUAUGCGUUUCAGCCAUGUUGGGUUCUAAGAAUGGGAUUGCAGACCUUUCAGGAGUUUGAGAGUUUGAUGCUGGACUGUGAUCACUGAGAUCAAUAUCUAUCCCCAAAGUUAGAUUUUUACCAUUACUCGCAUUUUUAAAUUAAACAGGAAAUUAUAACAGUCAAAGUAACUCAGUUGGGGUGUCUCCGUUUAGUUGUUUCUACUAGUAUUGUGACAUUAAAAACAGAGGAAUGGUUAUUUGUAGUUAUAAACAUAUUCAGGGUAAAUCCAAUUUUCAAGCUUACCCGCGUCCAGCUUCCGGUAUGCUAUGGCUGCCGUUUCCGGUGAACGUUCUCAACUCGCAUCUGACGUCAUUCCCAAAUGCGAGUUCCAACUUCCGAGACAAAACGAACAUAAACUAUACAUGUAGACUUCCGACUGAAAUUAAAACACCGUUAGAGAACAGUUGUCAUAAUGCCAUUACUGACGCUCAUCUUUCUAUCUUGCUAAAAAUAUCUGUGGGCCUCUGCAAUGUUUACAGAUCCAGCAGAAGAGACCAACAGCCCAACCACAGAUCGUAGCUUUAAACUGCUCUGCACUGAUGUUAGCAUUUCGUGUUUGUGUGUGUUGGAACAGAGAGGGAGACGUUUAAGUCAUGGCAGCACAAUGUACAGACACAUAUCAGCCAACUGUCGUUUGCUAACGACAGGGCGAAGCUAACACUAGCCGUUUGCUGCACUGACGUUGGUUUUACCUAUUGAAGCUACCACUAGCCUACUGCUAACUGAAUGCUAGUAGCAAAUAGCAAAGGGUUUUCUUGCUCUGCAGCUACGUUGAGCUCUUCAACGAAGUUCUCAACCAAGCUGUUAGUAUUAAUGUGGUUGUUUUUGAUGUUUGUACCUCAGAUUGCAUUACUGUUGUCAUUUAUAUGACUAACAUCCAGGGCAUUUGGUUUAAUCUACCAAAGUGCAUUCCUUUACAAAAGUAGCUAAAUGCUAGCUACUCCAGCAGUCACAUAUAGGCAGUCAGAAAGUAAGAAACAAGCAAAAAUACAAUAAAGAGACAAUUUUUUCCUAUAACAUGAAAAAAUGUUUUAACUUACCUCUUGGUAGCACUCUGAUAACAUUUUUUGUUCAUGUGAAAUCGGCUUUAGCCUGUUAGCCAAUUAGCUCAUUAGCCAUUGGCUUCUCUCGAGAAGUCUUCGCAGCCAGACAUUAGUAAAAGGUUUCUAUAUUGUUUGCCAGCUGGGUUUUAUCGUUUUUUUUUUUUUUUUAAAGAUGUAAAUAUUGUGCAAAAGUGUUUGAAUAAAACAUUUUGGGGAUGGGGGGUGGGGGGGUAUUCAAUGGGCUGUGGUGCCACUGCACGGCCAGUUUUAUUUUGUACUGUAUCUGCUGUACAGAACACAGAAAUUGACACUUUUCUAGUGAGCCUUUGUUAAAUUUUAUUGUGGUGGAAAAAAAUUAUUAAUAAAAACACUUUUAUUGUCAA